AUGAAGAUUGUGGCAGGAAGCAUCACCGCGCUUGGCAUGGUGGUUUCAGCCAUGGCGCAGAACAUGUCCUUUGGCGCCGAUAAUUUCUACCGCAGCAACAAUGUCACGGUCCAGCAGGUCAACUUCCCGACUCAGUACCAGACGACUGUCGUGGGUAAUCUCUUCUAUCCCAGAAACCGCAACCAAAGCACCGGCUGGCCAGCCGUCGUCGUUGGUCACCCCAUGGGCGCUGUGAAGGAGCAGAGUGCGAACCUCUACGCCACCAAGCUGGCCGAGCAGGGGUUCGUCACGGUCUCUAUUGACCUUCCCUUCUGGGGCGCCAGCGAGGGUGAGCCGCGCAACUCAGUCUUACCGGAUCUCUACGCCGAAGCAUUCAGCGCGGCAGUCGAUUACCUGGGUAGCCAGGACGUCCUAUCUGUGGAUCGUGAGCGGAUAGGAGGCCUCGGUAUCUGUGGCAGCGGCUCCUUCUUGAUCAGCGCUGCGAAGCUAGACCCGCGUCUCAAAGCCAUCGCCACAACGAGUAUGUACAACAUGGGCGCUCUCGCCCGUCAAGGAUUGCAACGUUCUCAAACCGUCAAUCAGCUCAAGCGAACCAUCGCUGAGGCUGCCCAGCAGCGUUGGACCGAAGUCGACGGCGGCGAAGUGCAGUACACCAGCGGCACCCUGAACCACCUCACGCGCAAUGCCACUCCGGUUGAGCGUGAAUUCUACGAUUACUAUCGCACUCGACGCGGCGAGUUCACCCCCGUCGGCUCUACUCCAGAGCUCACCACCCACCCUACACUUUCCACGUUCACCAAGUUCGUCAAUUUCUACCCAUUCAAUGAGAUUGAGACAAUCUCGCCGCGACCGAUGCUGUUCAUUGCGGGCGACCAGGCGCACUCUCGCGAGUUCAGCGAAGACGCGUAUUCGCGAGCCGACGAACCGAAGGAACUUUUCUGGGUGCCUGGUGCCGGCCACGUCGACCUGUACGAUCGCACCGAGCUUAUCCCAUUCCAGAAGCUCACCGAAUUUUUUCAGAGGGGUCUUGCUUAA